GUGUGUGUGUGUGUGUGUGUAUGUGUGUGUUUUUCUCUGCAGACUCACGCCCCACCUCACCUGUUUUUCAGGUUUAAACACUGGCAUCAUGGUGGAAAAUGAGGCAAUAAUAUGACGAUGUCUGUAGUAGCUGUUGAGCGUCUCAUUCGCUGCCACCUGACAUCAGCUUCUGUCACGCUGCGCGUCGAUGAGACACAGACUCAGUGUGAAAGUAGUUUGACCUAAUUUAAGUGUAAUUAGACGCCCGUGUGUGUUUCUCCCUUUCUGCCUCGUUCUUCCUCUCCCCUUCAUCCAUUUCAGCCUCUUCCACCUUUAUUUCCCGUUUGACUUGGACACAUCAUGACACAUGCUGCCGCUCCUCCGCCACAGGAACUGUCAUGUUUUUGACGCACGUCUGAUCUGUGACAUUUCGGCGCAUUUCAGUAUUUCGCUCCAGUCUGUGGCCAUUUUUAGUUUUGUGCAGUCGAAAAAAGAAAGAGGAAGAUGGGUGCAAACAUUCCUGGUUGUUAAAGGGAGAAAUUUACAGCUGAGUAAUAAAAGUUUACGACUGAAUCCUUUCAGCGAUUGGCUGCAGUGGGCCACGUGGCCCACGGUCUAUGAACAUGAACUUUAUGCUGUUGUCUAUUCUCUGGUCCUUCCCUUGUAUCAGCAGCAGACUAAGCUCGGGCGUACAAACGUCUUUUUAUUAUUUUUUACAUGAAAACAUCGCUCGUUGUCAUUCGGGGGCUGCUUUGUCUGGUAUUUAUGCGAUCUCCGACUUCCUGACAGAGGGAUCUUCGGGACAGUCGCCGCCUCUAGCAGCCGCUGCCUGCGUUUAUCCUCCCCCCCUAAGGCAAUAAAGCCGCGACUGGGAAGGGAAAAAAGGAGCAAGCAACCCAGCUAGAAAAGACUUUUCCCAGCAAACAGACACCCCGUCUCCAUAAGCUCCUUAUCACCGGGACGUGAAGACCGCUAGCAGAGCACUGGAGGCGCGCGCUCUGUUGAUAUUCCCCUUUCGCCAUCGUGACCCCUCGGCUGCUGUGCUGGACCACAGUGGAGCUCCAAACCACGGAGAGGCUGCUGAGGUAAGCUUGGACACCCCACGAGCACCCUUCCUCAGUGUUUUGCUGUUGUGCUGGGCGAUCAGCUGAUUGUUGCUGGGCUGUGAUGACGAACGUUACGCAGGAGUGAGUGUGUGAGAUCAUAAUAAGGUGGAGGUGUCUGCCGUGUAGCUCUGACCUGACCUGUAGCCUUGGAGGCUGUGGAGCCCAGGGCGCACUGUCAUGAUGCCUCAGUGGCUGGUGUAGCAGCACCUGCGUACACCCACCGCUACAGCCUAUAUUAUGGGAGCAUUUUGGAGAUGCCGUGCCAGCCUGAUGUAAUGAAUGGCUCACGGAUAGUAAACUUUCUCAUCACUCAUAGGCCCCUCUGACCAGGCAGUGACAAAUUACAUUCAGAGCUGGCGCUAAUUAUUUCUCCUCUCCAUACUUGUUGUCACUUGUUAUAUCCAGUCUGUGCCAAGAGCUUGAAUAACGUCUUUAAGCAAUUCCAUGCACGCGCGUGUCACACGCGCAAACAGCACAUGCAUAUGUACACACUGGCACGCAGUGUGGGCUCGCGGCAGUGCCCCCUAGCGACCGGACGCGUCUCGUGUAGCGGUGGGCGGUGCUGAGGGUCGUUGUUUAUGGCUGCUGGGUUUCGGCGGCGGUUCACUGCGGAUGUCAGCUGACCCACGGACACGCCGCUGCCGGCGGGUAGCUGUGCGACCUGACGCGUGUUUCUGAGGCUCUGUUUUGUUGUUGUUACUUCGGAGAUGGCGAAAUGUGUCUGUUUCACUGUUGUGCUCCGCCUUAAUGAGAUGCAGCGGUUUGUAUCGUAUAAACAUAGAUCUGUGUGUCACAUAAUCACAAAAGACAGUCUGAGAAGUUAGUGUGUUAUUUUAUUGAUACCACGAGCAAAAGCAUCAUGUCAUUAUCCAAACCGCCAACAGCAACAGACAAGUACCAAACAAGUGCAUGGUAGCCAUAGUCUACAGGAACGAUGUGACACACAAAUACACAAUUAAAUUCACAUCUUCACAUUUAACAAAACAAAAUAAAAUCUGCACAUUAUUUACAAAAUAGCUUGACAUUGAGCAGCACACAAGGAUGUAAGUGUGUGUGUGUGUGUGUGUGUGUGUGUGUGUGUGUGUGUGUGUGUGUGUGUGUGUUUGUGUGUGUGUGUGUGUGUUUGUGUGUGUGUGUGUGUGUGUGAGAGAGAGAGAGAGAGAGAGACAGAGGGUUAGAGAGAAAGAAAAAUAUAUUAGCAGUAAUAGUGGAUGUGGUUUUCUAUUGUUUCCAAAAUGAAAUAGUUCCCAAACACAGUGUGUGUUGCUUGCGUGCGCGUGCACGCCAGACUGCAGUGCUUUGAACGUGCGUUUGAAAUUUAAAGUGGUAGCUUUAUCAAAGCUCAGCUGGCUGAAAAGCUCCCUCUGUGUUUUAUUGUUGUCUGUGCAAAGGCAAAAUAUUGUUGGUGCUGUGAAGUGAGCGGGCGCGUGUGCGCGUCCUGCCUCAGCUACAGCUCAGCCGUCCCGCGUUUCCAUCUUGUAAAAUGCAAUUAUUGGCAAAGGCUCGUUGUAGAAGCCUUUAAAGUCUUAUAACCUACUGUUACACACGUUGUUUGCUUUUCCCUUAUGAAACAUUGCUGUUUCAAUGGCUCGUGUCCGCUGCUGCCCAGCACUGUGCCUGCACAGAGAGAGAGAGACAGAGAGAGGGGGGAGAGAGAGAGAGUCCAUUUAAUAAUCCAUCCAGCCAUUUGAGCUGUUAGGUAAAUCUUGGUUUAGAGUAAGAGGAGAAAACCACAGUCUAUUGUUUUGCCCUGCAGUGUUUUUAAACCAGAGAUAGAUUCGUAUAAAACUCCAUGAAGUCAUGAAUCUGUCCACAUCACCACAUUUAGAAUCUCACUUACAAAUCCCGACAGGGCAAAAAAUUUUGCCUACUAAUGGUCAUAAUUUAUGAUGUGUGGAUCAACAUGCUCUCAUUGGGCAACAGCUUUCUGAGUGCUUAACGAGCAUAAAGUCGAACACUUCCGGACAUUAAUUGGGCCAGCCAGCGAUGCUAAAGUGCUUAUAGAGGGCUUUACAUUGUUAGUAUGUGAAUUACUCUUUAUUAGUAAGGCUAGAAGCGGGGGAGAGGAAAAAGCAUCAAGGGCUGACCAGACUUUGCCUCCCUCGCUGUGUUUUUAAUCAUGGCUGAUAAUGUAGAAAUUUUACAGGUCCCAUAUAACUAAUACUGAGUUAUGUUGUGAUGCGGGAUACAGAUGCAGAUCUAUAAGCACACAGCAGAGGAGCGACGUGGAAGUAGAUAGGCCCUGCUGUGCUGCAGAGAAGCAAGCUGGUGAAGUAAGGCCUGCAGCAUGGGAACUAGAGCCCAGGGCGAACUUUUAAUAGGUCAAAAAGUAAUAAUAAUAAUAAUAAUAAUAAUAAUAAUAAUAAUAAUAAUAAUAAUAAUAAUAAUAAUAAUAAUAAUAAUAAUAAUAACAAUAAUAAUAAUAAUAAUAAUAAUGAAGUCUUUCUUUGGUUAUCCAUAAAUACAUUAUUUGUGGACCCACAUUAAAGGCAUGUGCUAUUAAAGAAUUGUGAAUGAUGAUUACUGAAUUGGAUAUUUAGCACUUACUGCUAAACAUUUGUAGUUCAUUUAACUAUUUUCAUCGUAGAUUUUCAUGCUUUCGUUCGUCGCCCUUUUAGGAUCGUGGAGACCAAACGGCUUCUUCCCUUCCUGCAUCAAAAGCCUCACAUGCGAUUUGCCUCACGGGCCGCAAUAAAACACUAAAACGCAGGGGAAAGAAUGACCUUUCUAAAACUACACACUGGCACAACCUCUGCUGCAUUCCAGCCUCCUCGGUCCACACAUUGGCUUGACUGUUCAGCCUUUAUUUACAGCCUCAGUUCGUCGGGCCGGCGUGGUUUUGUGGACUGUGAAUAACAAUUAGGGAAAGAUCUGGGUUUAAAACUUAAAUUAUUUGGAAAAAAAAUCCAGUGAGAAUAAUUGGUUGCGCCGCUGAAAGCAGAAUUCGUCAUAAUUAGACAAAGGCUUUCAUAUACCGAUACCCAAGACGCAUAAAAACGUAUCACAACCAAAAAUAUGUUUCAUCAAAUGAAGUGAAUAAUGUGUUUUUGUAUUUAAAUUCAAAUUUCAUGCUGCAGACUUUGCAGCAUUUCUUCAAUCUUAUUUAGUUUAAAUUUAAUUCAUCUAAAUUAGACUUUAGGUCGUUUCACGCUGUUAUAAAUUUCUUUUACCUGGCCAUUCACAGAUUAUUUCAAUAUAAUAAAGGCGAAGAAAAAAACAGAUCUCAUUAUCAAACUAAUCUCUGGCACCAGAGACACUAUAGCCCACAGCUUUUCCGCGUUAUUUGCCUGAAAUCUUUGCGCCGAGGAUGUCACAUAUGGCUUCGAAAAAGGUGAAGGGAAAGUUUUAUUGCACCAGCUACUUCCUUCUCUUUGUUCUUGUCUCUUUUAUGGGCUAUUCAGGACCCCAAACAACAGACCAAACAGUGUUGCACGUUUAGGCUGCGAGUAUUUGCCCUACUCAAAAAAUCAAUGAACUGAACCAAUAGGCUGCUGCAACCAGCGCGACUGCGUUUUAACAGACAUUUUCCAUAAUUGUAUUGAUUAUUUUAUGGGUAUCUAUUAUGGCAUGUUGUGAAAGUCCACGCUGAUGUCAGUUGUUGUUUCAAAUUAUUAUGCUGACUGCUAUUUUUUUCCGUUCACUUUAAAACCGGCACCUUUUGACUUUGGCUUUUUUCGUCAACUGUAUAAAAGGCCCUGUAUUUAAAUUAAAGACAAAACACUGAGUGUGAGUGACGGUGUCUUCCUUUAAAUGUGUCGACGCAUUUAGAUCAUCAUCACAAUUCCUCCAUAGUCGCGCGCAGGCUUUGCUAUAGCUUUGUAAAACAGCACCUAAAGUAAUUUCCUAACCCAUAAUUUCCUGCUGAGAUAAUUAUCAGUUCCACUUUGAGCUGUGUGUGCAAGAACAAGAAAAACGUGGAACGUCUUAGUAAGCAUUUAAAUAUGUUAUAUUUUUACAAAACACAACUUUAACGUCUGUGCUGGAUUUUAAAUUGCAUCUUUUCAUGUUAUGGCUGAAAUGGACUUGUUCUUUAUAGCUACGAACUCAUGAUGAACACCAGGCAGCGGCGAGCUUGUGACAGUGGCGUAACCGAUUAGAUCUAUCAAAUAUAGUGACAGAAACGAUCUUCUCCUGCGCACCGGCCAAGCGGACUUGUGCACGCGGUUCCCCUUUGCUUUAUGCCUCCACAUGCUGUGCAGUGCCUUCAUUUCUGCCUGAAGACAGUGCUGCUCGUGUUGCAGAGCCCUGCUGCAUAGAUAGUUGUUGGUGAGCUGGGGAACGUCACUUGCUUUAUUGCCCUCACAGAAGAGAGACCAUAAACGCAUUCUUAGCGUCCACACACACCCUCCCCCAGGUCACUGCAAAACGCAUAGAAAUUGCCCACAUGCCGGAUAAUUCAUACACAAUGCAAACAUCAACAGCGCGUAGGAAACUCUGCGAUGGGACUGAUUUAAGCGAUAAAUGCCGACGUUCGCGUUAGGUCCCACAAGCAGGCAGCGCGUUGUUUUAGGUGGGAGCUUGUGGUUAUUGUUGCAAUCUCUGCAGUGGUGUUGUGAAAUUAAAAGUGAGUUUUCACCUACACACACACACACACACACACACACACACACGCACACACACACACACAUACACACACACACACACACACGGAUACGUGCGCGCGCGCACACACGGUAACACGACACACACGCAGAAUCCCUGUCGCGGGGCUUUGCUUUAAUCUCGCUACAUAUUCUAUUUUAUUUCCACCUUUUCCAUGUGAUCAGCCGCGAGACGCCUUCAAACACCAGCUCGCGUUUUAUGCAAAUCUUCCGCCUUCGACCGUGAUCACUGUACUGAAUGACAUUGGCCACCGCGUGUAUCUCACUUCCUGGUCGACACCACAUCUGUUAAACUUUAAGCCAAACGCUUCCCAUGCAGACGAGCCGUAUGCUGUGCCACUCCAACUCUACGCUGUGUUUAUCGGCAUUUAGCACUAAUGUUCAAGCUCUGAGCUAAAAGCUACAGUUUCUCCUCAACUCCUGCCUCUCAAUUGGUGGAGAACGGUCAGCUGACAUUGUCAUAUUGUCUCUCACCGAGCCAAGCCUCGGCUAUAACACUCGGGUUUGUGCGUCUUAACCGGAGAUUGGAAAUUAAUAAUAUUGAAUCCUCAAAGUAGCUCACGUCCAGUUAGGGGAGCAGGAAAGUCGGGAGGAAAAAGAAGACCUUGGAGAAAAGUGUGGUUGGUGGACACAGACGGGAAGGAGAUUUACUGAGGAGGGGACUGAAAAGAGACCGAUAAAGAAGUGGCGAGAGUUGGAGAGAGGGUUACAGGCAAGGUAUGAAUUCUUAUUUCGCAAACCCGUCGCUCUCCUGCCAUUUAUCCGGUGGUCAAGACGUUUUGCCCAACGUACCCCUAAACUCCACCACCUAUGACACUGUCAGACAUUUUUCGUCGUACGGUGCUGCUGUGACCCAGAAUCGGAUAUAUGCACCUUUCUACUCCCCUCAAGAUAAUGUCGUGUUUGGCUCUGGCAGGGCACAGUAUGAAUAUGGCUCAAACGUGUUUCUCCAAGACAAGGACGUGCUCCCCAGCUGCAGACAAACAAACAUGGGACUCAAUACACAAAGCCACAUUGCUCAAGAGUACAGUUUGGAUCAAGGAAGAGCGGGAGCACAGGAUCAGAAAAGCAACAUCCCGAUCUACCCGUGGAUGCAGCGAAUGAACUCACACAGCGCAGGAGUGGGCUACGGGACGGACAGACGCAGAGGACGUCAAAUAUACUCGCGCUACCAAACGCUCGAGCUGGAGAAGGAGUUCCACUUCAACCGCUACUUGACCAGACGCAGGCGCAUCGAAAUCGCGAACGCGCUUUGUUUGACAGAGCGGCAGAUCAAAAUCUGGUUCCAGAACCGGCGCAUGAAAUGGAAGAAGGAGAGCAACCUGACCUCCACGGUGACUGGAAGUGAACAGACAGGCGGCUCUCAGAAGGAGGAGCGCACGGGUGCAGCAGAAGAGGGGAAGGAGGAGGACAAUAAGAAAGAAUAGCGACAAGAAGUGGAGAGAAAAACACCUGAUGACCAUUAAAACCCAACAUAACUACCUAAAUCUAUAUGGACUUAAGAGCGACUUCACUGCAUGAUGGCUACCCGCAGCUCUCCUACUUAAAUCUCAUGUUCACCACUGAAGUGUUGAGCCUUAGCAAUCCAAAUUAUUUCAGCCACAGAAUGGCCCCUGUGACAUUCGGAGUUUUUUUUACUGCAAUGUCACACUUGUAUUGUGAAACUACAAAGAAGUAUUAACUCUAUGUUAUUCCCUCGCCAGUAAAAUCUGUGUAUUUAUCCCCCACACUUCAUCUAUCACUGUGAACCCUUUGAUCACCUCACAAACUGCAGUGUUGGUCAGACUUAAGUCAGUAUUGAACAUGCACAUUCCACGGAAGGAAAGCACCAGGCGGGCACUUAAUUUACACAGUAUAACCUACUACUUGAAUUCCUCCGCAGAAAAGUGUCCCGCGUAAACCUGAAAGUUGCACGAUUAGUCGCCACACACACACACACACACACACACACACACACACACACACACACACACACACACACACACACACACACACACACACACUUGAACAAUGCCUGUAUAUAAUCAUCAUAUUAUGUAAAUCCAGUACGGACAUAUGUGCAUUUAGCCGCUUGAAUAAACGCUGCAUAACGUACAGCUGCGCUUAGUCUCCUUUAUGACCAUUUGACACAAUAGAAUUUUCUUGUGAGGUCGAUUUGUACACUAGUAUUCUUCACUUUUGUUUGGGAAUUCAUGUUUUGUCAUAACUGUGCAUCAUGGAAUAAAAUAUUUGUAAAAGCUCAA